AGAUUAGCAGGAGUAUCCACCCUAGCAUACGAGUAUCGUUCCGACCCUGCACACGUUUUGUACGGUCAAUCAUGGAGCUCCUCCUCUUGUGUACGCCGUGCGUUAUUCUCCUUCUCUCCUCCCUGUACCUCCUCCGUCUCUUCGUCGACGCCCGCCGCAACCUGCCGCCGGGUCCCCGCCCGCAGCCGCUCAUCGGCAACAUCCUCGACCUCGGCUCCCAGCCGCACCGCUCCCUCGCGCGCCUCGCGGGGCGCUAUGGCCCGCUCAUGACGCUCCGCCUCGGCACCGUCACCACCGUCGUCGCCUCCUCCCCGGGCGCCGCCCGCGACAUCCUCCAGCGCCACGACGCCGCCUUCUCCGCGCGCUCCGUGCCGGACGCCGCCCGCGCGUGCGGGCACGACGGCUUCUCCAUGGGCAUGCUCCCGCCCAGCAGCGCCCUGUGGCGCGCGCUCCGCAGGGUGUGCGCCGCGGAGCUCUUCGCGCCGCGCAGCCUCGACGCGCACCAGCGCCUCCGCCGGGACAAGGUGCGCCAGCUCGUGUCCCACGUCGCGCGCCUGGCGCGCGACGGCGCGGCCGUCGACGUCGGCCGCGCCGCGUUCACGGCUUCCCUGAACCUGCUCUCCAGCACCAUCUUCUCCGCCGACCUCGCGGAUUUCGGCGACGCCCGAGCUGAGUCGUCGGUGGGGGACUUAAGGGACUUGAUCUCGGAGUUCACCAUCGUCGUCGGGGUGCCGAACGUGUCGGACUUCUUCCCGGCCGUCGCGCCGCUCGACCCGCAGCGGCUGCGGAGGCGGGUGGCGAGGGUGUUCGAGCGGCUGCAGGCCGUGUUCGACGGGCACAUCGAACGGCGCCUGCGGGACCGCGCUGCCGGGGAGCCGCCCAAGAACGAUUUCCUGGACGCUUUGCUCGACUACCGCAGCCCGGAGGAUGGCCGGGGUUUUGAUCGGCCAACGCUACAGUUUCUGUUUACGGAUUUGUUUAGCGCGGGAAGUGAUACAAGCGCAGUAACUGUAGAAUGGGCAAUGGCUCAGCUGCUACAGAACCCACCAGCAAUGGCGAAAGCUCGUGAGGAGCUUGCUCGAGUGAUUGGCUCCAAACAAGAAAUUGAGGAAUCCGACAUUAGCCAGCUCAAGUACCUCGAAGCCGUCGUGAAGGAGACAUUACGGCUUCAUCCUCCGGCGCCAUUUCUGCUUCCUCACCAAGCCGAAACGACCACACAGGUUGGUGGCUACACGGUGCCCAAGGGCACCCGUGUUCUGGUGAAUGUUUGGGCGAUUGGUCGGGACAGCAAGGUGUGGUCUGACCCUGACAAGUUCAUGCCGGAGAGGUUCCUGCAGAGCGAGGUGGACCUGCGUGGCCGUGACUUCGAACUGAUUCCAUUUGGCUCUGGUCGAAGGAUCUGUCCGGGGUUGCCGCUGGCUGUUCGCAUGGUGUACCUGAUGCUCGCGUCGUUGCUGCACCGGUUUGAGUGGAGGCUUCUACCGGAGGUCGAGAAGAACGGGGUGGACAUGGCGGAGAAGUUCGGGAUGAUACUAGAGUUGGCUACGCCACUCCGGGCUGUUGCUAUACCAGUUUAAUAAGCUGAUCAUCACCAUAUGCUACCUUGCUACAUACAAUCCGUUAUCUUUAGGAAUGGAACACUUCACUGGUAAAUAAAAUCAUAUACUAGUACAAUUCUGUUGUUUAUGUCUGAAAGAGAGAUCAAAUAGGGGUGCCUGUACGGUAGUACUAAAUGCCAGCAGCUAUCUAACUGAGAAAGUCUUGAGUUAGUCGUUCUUCUAUAGUGGCUUGAUUGUCCUUCA